AGUUUUGCUACUGUUAUGAAUUGUACGUAUCUGUAUUCCAGUGGCCUUAGGCCAUCCCUGUGAAAGGGCUGUUCAAACCAUCUGGGGUCACGACUCAAAGGUUGAGAACCAGUGCCCUGGGGUGUAUCAACCUAUAGCCUUCCUGCAGGUCUGGGCCCUACUCAGGGAGAGCUGGAUUCCUCUCAGAGAUUACCCUUGAGUAUACAGGGAAGUUGUGCAGCUACAGGUCCUUUGUUCAGUGGGGUAGGGUAUCAGGAUUCCUCAGGACUCUGGUCACCUCAGAUUCACACAUUCCAGACUAGGUCAUGUUUGUGUCCCCUCCUCCAAAGUGCCACCCCUGGGCAGUGGACUCUUGGCCUCUACCCCAUUGGCCUCUCAAGCAUUGUUUCCCAACUUCUGAGAGGUCUCAGAGGUUUCCCAAUACUUCUCAUCACUACCCAGUGUCCGCUGAUGUGCUUUCCUGCUUCUGCUGUAAUCAGAAUUUGGCUUUAAAUGUCUCCUUUGCUUGAGGGCAAGCCACCUAAUGUGAGGACCUUAAUGGCAGGAUUCUAUCCAAGCCAAUCCCAGACACCAUGAGGGGCUUCUGGAGCCUCAAGGUCUUGCCACUCUUGGUGACCCCACUGUACAUCUGUUGUAGAUGUAAACACCAGAAGGGGCAUGGGCAGGUGUGCUGGACUGGACCCUACUCAGGGAGAAUUGGUUCCCUGCAGAGGGUACUUUGGAGUACACAAGGAGGCUGUACAGCUAAGGGUCCUUUGUUCAGUGGGAUGUUCUAGUAUGGCUUCAGGGCUGGUCUUAGGUCCUCAGUCUCUGUCACCAUCCCUAUAAUGACAAGUCAUAGGCCUCUAGGCACACACGUGUCUGUGGAAACAUCCUGCUGGUCCAUGGGAAUGGAUGGAGAAACCAGCUUUCUGGUCAGGGAGGGGUCAGACAGAUGAAUUAGUAGUGAAGGGCUGUGGCCUCUCCUCCCACAGGCUGCUCACCAUGAGCCUCCGAGGCUCCUACCUUCACUUCUGCCUCUGGAUGUUGUUGGGUGCCACCUUGGCACUGGGGCAGGGACAAGUAAGUGGCCAUCUGAGGUUGGCAGUACUGCCUGAGGACCAGCUGCAGAUGAAGUGGAGGGAAGCAGAGGGAAGUGGCCUUGGCUACUUGGUGCAAGUGACACCUAUGGCAGGGGACUUGGAGCAGGAGCUGAUAUUAACCACCAAGACACCCAAGGCUACCGUGGGUGGCCUGAGCCCUUCCAAGGGCUACACCUUGCAGAUCUUCGAGCUCACUGACUCUGGGCCUGUCCUUCUGGCACGAAGAGAGUUUGUGAUUGAGGAUCUGAAGAGCCACUCUCUGAGCAGAGGCAGUCGGAGACUGGUGGAGCCCACCCUGGAACCCAGCUCUUUCCCUCUGGGGGCCUCAGACCCUGAGAAAACACCUGAGCCUAGUAUUGCCUUCACCUCAAGCAGAGACCGGCCCAUUUUUGCUGACACCCAGUUCUGCUGUACACCCCCAACUCCUACUGAUAUAAUCUUUCUGGUGGAUGGGUCCUGGAGCAUCGGCCACAGCCACUUCCAGCAGGUCAAAGACUUCCUGGCCAGCAUCAUUACACCUUUUGAAAUAGGACCAGAUAAAGUCCAAGUAGGUCUGACUCAGUACAGUGGAGCCCCCCAGACCGAGUGGGACCUGAAGUCCUUCCACACCAAGGAGCAGGUGCUGGCAGCAGUACACAGCCUCCGCUAUAGGGGAGGAAACACAUUCACAGGCCUCGCCCUAACCCAUGUCCUGGGGCAGAACCUGAAGCCAGCAGCAGGUGCCCGUCCAGAGGCAGCCAAGGUGUUGAUUCUGGUGACGGAUGGCAAGUCCCAGGAUGAUGUGCGCACAGCUGCCCGAAUUCUUAAGGAUCAGGACAUUGAUGUCUUUGUCGUGGGUGUGAAGAAUGCUGAUGAAGCCGAACUGAAGCUCCUGGCAUCCCAGCCACUGGACAUCACUGUCCACAAUGUGCUUGACUUCCCUCAGCUGGCCACCUUAGCUGCUCUGCUCAGCCGCCUCAUUUGCCAAAAAAUCCAGGGCAGGGGCCCAGUCAAACCAGCAGCAGCUACUCUGGCCCUGGACCCCUUCCCCAUGCCCACCAGACUGGUCCUGACCCACGUCACCUCAUCCAGUGUCCACCUGUCUUGGACUCCAGCCUUAUACCCACCCCUCAAGUAUCUAAUUGUAUGGCAGCCUUCUAGGGGUGGUGCUCCCAAGGAGGUGGUGGUGGAAGGACCUGUCUCAUCCAUGGAGCUUCGAAACCUGACCUCCAACACAGAAUACUUGGUCUCUGUGCUUCCUGUCUAUGAGAGUGGAGUUGGCAAGAGCUUGCAAGGCCGGGCAACCACAGCACCCCUGCCUCCACCUGGGGCACUGACCCUAGCUUCAGUGACACCUAGAACCCUCCGCCUCACCUGGCAGCCCUCUGCUGGGGCCACUCAGUACUUGGUCCAGUGCUUGCUGGCUGCCUCCCCUGGGGAGGAGCAGAGGAGAAAGGUACACGUGGGACAGCCUGAGGUACUGCUGGAUGGCCUGGAGCCGGGCAGGGACUAUGAGAUUUCAGUGCAGAGCCUUCGGGGAUCAGAGGCCAGUGAGGUCCGGAGCAUCAAUGCCAGGACCACUACGCUGGGGCCCCCAAGACACCUGAGUUUCUCAGAUGUAAGCUACAACUCAGCCUGUGUGUCCUGGGAAGCCCAGAGGCCUGUGCGCCUGGUCAAGGUCAGCUACGUCUCUAGUGAUGGCAGCCACUCUGGGCAGGCUCAGGUUUCUGGGAAUACUACCUCAGCCACCUUGGGCCCCCUUUCUUCCUCUACCAAGUACAUCAUCCGAGUCACCUGUUUUUACUUCGGGGGUGGUUCCUCCAUGCUGACUGGCCAUGUGACCACAAAGAAAGCUCCCAGUCCUAGCCAGCUGUCUGUAAUGGAGCUCCAGGGAGAUGCAGUCAAGCUGUCAUGGGUGGCCAGCGCCUUGUCUGGUGUACUUGUUUAUCAAAUCAAGUGGAUGCCCUUGGGAGAGGGGAAGGCCCAUGAGAUCUCUGUCCCAGGGACCCUUGACACAGCCAUCUUACCUGGCCUGAUGAGUCAUGUGGAAUAUGAGAUCACCAUCCUUGCCUACUACAGGGACGGCACUCACAGUGAUCCUGUGUCCCUCCGCUACAUCCCCUCUUCAGCAAGUAGGAGCCCCCCAUCCAGCCUGGUCUUGUCCUCGAAGACCCCCAACAGCCUACAGGUCAGCUGGACACCACCAAGUAGCAAUGUUCUACAUUACCGGCUCAACUAUACACUGGCCUCAGGCUCUGGGCCACAGAAAUCGAUCUCUGUGCCAAGCACCAGGAGCCAUGUUGUACUUCCUGACCUGCUGUCUGCCACCAAGUACAGGGUCCUGGUCUCAGCUGUCUAUGGAGCAGGGGAGAGUAUAGCAGUGUCUGCCACAUACCGCACAGCAGCCUGUCCAGCCCUACACCCAGACAGUUCCGUCUCAGGGUUUGACCUGAUGGUGGCCUUUGGUCUUGUGGCAAAGGAGUAUGCCUCGAUUCGAGGCGUGGCCAUGGAGCCCUCAGCCUUGGGUGUGGCCCCCACCUUCACAGUCUUCAAGGAUGCUCAACUCAUGCGGCGAGCCAGUGAUAUCCACCCAGCAGCUCUGCCACCAGAACACACCAUUGUCUUCCUUGUGCGCCUACUCCCUGAAACACCCCGAGAAGCCUUUGCACUGUGGCAGAUGAUGGCUGAGGACUUCCAGCCCAUCCUUGGGGUUCUGCUGGAUGCUGGCAGAAAAUCUCUGACUUACUUCAACCAUGAUCCCAGGGCAGCCUUGCAGGAGGUCACCUUUGACCUGCAGGAUGCAAAGAAGGUUUUCUUCGGAAGCUUCCACAAGGUCCAUGUGGCUGUGGGCCACUCCAAGGUCAGACUUUAUGUGGACUGUCGGAAGGUAGCUGAACGGCCUAUUGGGGAUGCUGGCAGCCCACCCACAGCUGGUUUUAUCACACUUGGGAGGCUGGCUAAGGCCAGAGGGCCACGGAGCAGCUCAGCCACGUUUCAGCUUCAGAUGUUGCAAAUCAUGUGCAGUGACACCUGGGCAGAGAAGGACAGAUGCUGCGAACUCCCUGCAUUGAGGGAUGGAGAGACAUGCCCGGCCUUCUCUUCUGCCUGUGCCUGCUCCUCUGAGACCCCUGGGCCGCCAGGGCCCCAAGGCCCUCCAGGCCUCCCUGGAAGGAAUGGCACUCCAGGACAGCAGGGACACCCGGGGCCCAAGGGAGAGCCAGGGCCACCUGGACAGACAGGACCUGAAGGCCCUGGAGGUCAGCAAGGGUCACCAGGGACCCAGGGCCGUACAGUCCAGGGACCUAUGGGUCCUCCAGGAGUCAAAGGAGAGAAAGGAGACCGUGGACUCCUAGGCUUGCAGGGCCUCUCUGGCCAGCAAGGCAUCCCUGGGAAAACUGGCCUACAAGGACCAAAGGGAAUGAGGGGACUGGAGGGACCUGCUGGCCUGCCUGGACCACCUGGCCCCAGGGGGUUCCAUGGUUUGGCAGGGGCCAGGGGCAUCAAUGGGGAGCGAGGACCCCCAGGGGCUGUGGGACCAACAGGUCUGCCAGGGUCCAAAGGUGAACGAGGAGAGAAGGGAGAGCCACAGUCCCUUGCCACCAUCUUCCAACUGGUGAGCCAGGCCUGUGAGUCAGCCAUACAGACACAUGUGCUGAAGCUGAAUUCUUUCCUCAAUGAGAAUGCCCGGCCCCCAAUGCCCUUCAUGGUGGAGACAGCACAGCCAGGCAAACCUGGAUCUACAGAGUCUCCUGGAUCACAUAAUAAGGAUCUACUUCCUGGAGACGGAGGACAUGUCCACCAUCCUGAAGACCAAGGUGAGCCUGCAGCUAUCAGCCACAUGGGCAGCCCUGGACUGCAGGAGGGGCAGACUCCAGAACCCCUGGAGUGAACAGGACCUUCCCUCUGCCGCUCCAAAUCACUCUGUACUGCCACAACACCGGCAUCCACAUUUUUCGUCUCAACACCAAGAACAACUGUGUCCUGGAGGGAUGACGAGGGGAACCAGAAGACCCUGAGGCAGCAGGAGUCGGGAGGGGAAGGGUAGCGCCUCUCAAGCCCCUUCUUUGCAGCACAUCCAAGUUCAGAUAAACCUCUGCUUGCUCAUCA